UCAAGUUGUAGGAACAAAAAGGGUUUACCAGUGAGACACAUGUUGCCUCCUUCAUGGAAAUCCUAGGAGAAGGAACAGACAGACACCCCCUCCCUGCCUCUGCCCCAGCCCAGCCCCAGCCGUGGGUCUCCCGCGGUGGUGGCUGUCUGCUGGACUCCUGUCUGUGUGGGGCACUGCAGAGGUGGCGGGCGGAGGCGUGGGAGCUCUGGGGCAGGCGCUGAAGGCAGUCUGGGGUCAAAAGAGAGGGGCCGGAGAAUGGCGUCCCAGCCAGCAGGGAACCAGACCUCCCCCGGGGCCACAGAAGACGACUCCUAUGGCAGCUGGUACAUCGAUGAGCCCCAGGGGGGCGAGGAGCUCCAGCCAGAGGGGGAAGUGCCCUCCUGCCACACCAGCGUACCACCCGGCCUGUACCACGCCUGCCUGGCCUCGCUGUCAAUCCUCGUGCUGCUGCUCCUGGCCAUGCUGGUGAGGCGCCGCCAGCUUUGGCCUGACUGUGUGCGUGGCCGGCCCCGCUUGCCCAGCCCUGUGGAUUUCUUGGCUGCGGACAGGCCCCAGGCAGUGCCUGCUGCUGUCUUCAUGGUCCUCUUCAGCUCCCUGUGUUUGCUGCUCCCCGACGAAGACCCGUUGCCCUUCCUGACCCUCACCUCGCCACCCAGCCCAGAUGGGAAAACUGAGGCUCCAAGAGGAUCCUGGAAGAUGCUGGGCCUGCUCUAUUACACUGCCCUCUACUACCCACUGGCCGCCUGUGCCACGGCUGGUCACAGAGCUGCACACCUGCUUGGCAGCACGCUGUCCUGGGCCCACCUCGGGGUCCAGGUCUGGCAGAGGGCAGAGUGUCCCCACACUCCCAAGGUCUACAAGUACUACUCCCUGCUGGCCUCCCUGCCUCUCCUGCUGGGCCUCGGAUUCCUGAGCCUUUGGUACCCAGUGCAGCUGGUGAGAAGCUUCGGCCACGGGACAGGAGCAGGCCCCAAGGGGCUGCAGCGCAGCUACUCUGAGGAAUAUCUGAGGAACCUACUUUGCAGGAAGAAGCUGGGAAGCAGAACAGCUGCAGUGGAGGACUGGCUCCUGUUCCCUGGAAUCCUUGCCAUCGAGAGGGACAACUGCCAGCUCAGGACAGGGGAAAGACCCUGGCCCGGCCUUGGUCAUCCAGGGUCCUGCUGGCCCUUUUUCUGGGCCCCUUGGGAGGGAGGAGGGUUCCCGGGCCUGAGUGGUGCUAUUCUCACACUUCUUCUUUUGAGGACUGCAGGAUUCCGUCUCCCCCUGAAGCUGGUGCUUUCAGCCACCCUGACAGGGACAGCCAUUUACCAGGUGGCUCUGCUGCUGCUGGUGAGCGUGGUCCCCACCAUCCAGAAGGUGAGGGCAGGAGUCACCACAGAUGUCUCCUACCUGCUGGCCGGCUUUGGGAUCGUGCUCUCCCAGGACAAGCAGGAGGUGGUCGAGCUGGUGAAGCACCAUCUGUGGGCUCUGGAAGUUUGCUACGUCUCAGCCUUGGUCUUGUCCUGCUCACUGACCUUCCUGGUCCUGAUGCGCUCACUGGUGACACACAGGACCAAUCUUCAAGCUCUGCACCGAGGAGCUGCUCUGGACCUGAGUCCCCUGCACCGGAGUCCCCAUCCCUCCCGCCAAGCCAUAUUCUGUUGGAUGAGCUUCAGUGCCUACCAGACAGCUUUUAUCUGCCUUGGGCUUCUGGUGCAGCAGAUCAUCUUCUUCCUGGGAACCACGGCCCUGGCCUUCCUGGUGUUCAUGCCUGUGCUCCACGGCAGGAACCUCCUGCUCUUCCGCUCCCUGGAGUCCUCAUGGCCCUUCUGGCUGACUCUGGCCCUGGCUGUGACCCUGCAGAACAUGGCAGCCCAUUGGGUCUUCCUGGAGACUCGUGAUGGACACCCACAGCUGACCAACCGGAGAGUGCUCUGUGCGGCCACCUUUCUUCUCUUCCCCCUCAACAUGCUGGUGGGGGCCGUGAUGGCCACGUGGCGAGUGCUCCUCUCUGCCGUCUACAACACCAUCCACCUCGGCCAGAUGGACUUCAGCCUGCUGCCACCGAGAGCUGCCACUCUUGACCCUGGCUACUACACCUACCGAAACUUCUUGAAGAUUGAGGUCAGCCAGUCGCACCCAGCCAUGACAACUUUCUGCUCCCUGCUCCUGCAAUCGCGGAGCCUCCCACCCAGGACCACGGCAGCACCCAAGGACAGCCUCAGACCCGGGGAAGAAGACGAAGGGAUGCAGCUGCUGCAGACAAAGGACUCCAUGGCCAAGGGAGCAGGGCCCAGGGCUGGCCGCGGCAGGGCUCGCUGGGGUCUGGCCUACACGCUGCUGCACAACCCAACCCUGCAGGCCUUCCGGAAGACAGCCCUGUUGGGUGCCAAUGGUGCCCAGCCCUGAGGGCAGGGAAGGCCAACCCACCCUCCUGUCUGUGUUGAGGCGCGUUCCCACCCACCAUCCUCCUCCCUCACCGGCUCUCCCAGCAUCACCUGGGCCAUGCAGCCUGGAUCACCGUGGUUGUGUGGAGGUCUGUCUGCACUGGGAGCCUCAGGAGGGCUCUGCUGUGCCCACUUGGCCACAGGAGAGCCAGAAGGACUUUUGAAGAAAGAAACUGGUGGAUCAGGGCCUUGCUCCAGGAGCCAGUCAAGCCGGGGCGGCCACAUCCAGGCCUCUCCCCACCCUGGCUCUGCCACCAGCCUUGAAGGGCCUUGAUGAAGCCCUUUGCUGGAAUCAUUCCAGCUCCGCCCCCGCCUCGGCCUUGGUCUUCAUGCUGUGGAAGCAGCCAAGGUGCUUCCUCUCCCGUUCAGUUCCACGGCCCUCUCUGGGGAGUGGCUGGAAGGCUCCCUGGCCCCUGGCUGCAGGGCAGCCCAAGUCACAACUCAGACCAGGUCUCACACCGAGCCGCCCACACUCGAGAGCCAGAUAUUUUUGUAGUUUUUAUGCCUUUGACGAUUAUGAAAGAGGUUAGUG